UUGUUGUUGUGCAGUCACACUGGUCGCGCUGGGGUCGAAGUGAGCUGUUAGAAUCUGCUCACUUCUGUUCAGCAAGUUUCCUGGACACCCAUUGUGUCCCACGCCCGGGGGGAGAGCUCUGGGCGGUGCGGGAACCCGCUCCUGAUCUGGCUGCCGGUAUCCGGUCCUGUGGUCCUUGGGGUCCACUCGCUCUUUCCUGUUUUAAAUGGGCGGAGGCCUCGGGAAGAGCAGGAGCGCAGCCCCGCCCAGCACUCCACACCUGGCCAGGGCCCCGGCCAUUGGCCGGCUGCGAGGCCGGCACUGCAGCCAUUGGCUGGCCGCGCGAAGGAGACACGCGGCCGCUCCGGAGGAGAACACAGCGGGCGCAGCCCGAGCAGAAGCCGGAGCGGACGCUGCCUAGCCUGGAAGCGGGUCACUGGGCAGAGGGAAUGGCCGGCGCGGGACUGCGAGCGGCGGCGGGGUGCCGCUGGUUACGGCUCCGGGGAGACGACGUCCCUGGCUGGCAGCGAGCGACUGCCGCCUCCUCCUGCCAGGGCUGCGGUCCCUCGGUCCCCAACCCCACCUGUGCGGGCUCCUCCUGCCCCGGAGCCCACUGUCCCGGCGCCAGCGUCGCCUACUCUUCCCCUGACCCAGCUGCCCAGCAGAGUGCUGCCCCAGGCCCUGCCGCCCAGUCUCCCGAACCCAGCGCCUACCUGUGGUCUAGGUACCGGGAGAUGAGGAAGCUGGUUCACGAUCUCCUUCCUCCUGAAGUCUGUAAUCUCCUUAACCCUGCUGCGAUCUAUGCCAACAAUGAGAUCAGCUUAGGGGAUGUGGAAGUCUAUGGGUUUGACUAUGAUUAUACCUUAGCUCAAUAUUCUGAUUCUUUGCACUCCAUGAUUUUCAACACAGCCAGAGAGAUCCUAAUACAGCAAUAUAAGUACCCAGGAGAGAUCAGAAAAUAUGAUUACAUCCCAGAUUUUGCCAUUCGAGGGCUGCACUACGACGUGCAAAAGAGUCUUCUGAUGAAGAUUGACGCUUUCCAUUACGUUCAAUUGGGAACAGCCUACAGGGGUCUCCGGCCUGUUCCUGAUGAAGAGGUGAUUGAUUUGUAUGGGGGCACCCAGCACAUCCCACUCUACCAGAUGAGUGACUUCUAUGGCAAGGGCCCCUCUCUCAAGCAGUUCAUGGACAUCUUCUCGCUUCCUGAAAUGGCUCUUCUCUCCUCCGUGGUUGACCACUUCCUUGCCCACAGACUGGAGUUUGACCAGACUCACCUCUACAAGGAUGUCUCGGAUGCCAUCAGAGACGUCCACGUCAAGGGCCUCAUGUACCAGUGGAUCGAGAAGGACAUGGAGAAGUACAUCCUCCGAGGAGACGAGACACAUGCUGUCCUGACCCGCCUUGUCAACCAUGGCAAGAAGCUUUUCCUCAUCACCAACAGCCCCUUCAGCUUUGUGGACAAGGGGAUGAAGCACAUGGUUGGCAAGGAUUGGCGCGAUCUUUUUGAUGUCGUCAUUGUCCGAGCUGACAAGCCAAACUUUUUCACAGACAGACGCAAACCUUUUAGGAAACUGGAUGAAAGUGGUGUGCUUCAGUGGGACAAAAUCAACCACUUGGAAAAGGGAAAGAUCUAUCGUCAGGGAAACCUGUUUGACUUCCUCUACCUGACCGGGUGGCGGGGGUCCCGGGUGCUCUAUUUUGGUGACCACCUCUACAGUGACCUUGCAGACCUCAUGCUGCGCCACGGUUGGAGGACGGGAGCCAUCAUUCCCGAACUGGAGAAGGAGAUCAGCAUCAUCAACACGGAGCAGUACAUGCACUCCCUGACCUGGCAGCAGGCCCUGACCGGGCUCCUGGAGAGGAUGCAGACCUACCAAGACGAGGAGUCGAGGCAGGUGCUGGCGGCCUGGAUGAGGGAACGGCAGGAGAUCAGGUCCAUCACCAAGAACCUCUAACCCCCGGUUCGGAAGCAUCUUCCGCACCUUCCACAACCCCACGUACUUCUCGCGGAGGCUCGUGCGCUUCUCGGACCUGUACAUGGCCUCCCUGAGCUGCUUGCUCAACUACAGCGUCAACUUCACGUUCUACCCGCGGCGCACGCCCCUGCAGCACGAGGCCCCGCUCUGGAUGGACCAGCUGUGCACGGGCUGCAUGAAGACGCCCUUCCUGGAGGAGAUGGUGCACAUCCGCUGAGGGCCCGAGGCCUGGCCUCCGGGCUGCAAGGGCGGCCCACCCAUCCCCCGGGACCUUCUCUGUGUUUCCCAGGUGGGCCGCCGCCACAGUCCUGGGAGGGGGAGAGACCCACAGAGAACGACCGCCGGGGGGGUUUCUGAGAGUGACAUUCCCCCCCACUCCCCGACUCCCCCCACCCCCCCACCCCGCCCCGUGAAGAACUGGACGGAAACCAGGCUGGACGC